GCUGAGGAUUUUUGGGAAAACAAUCCUUUGUUUAUACAUCCAAAGGCGUCUGGAGCCAUGCCACCGAGAAAGAGCAAAGAUAAAGAGGAAAGGGAUGCAGACUACAAAGAUGAAUUGGCGAAGUCAUGUAAUGUGAUUAGAGACUUGACUGAACACUUUGAGAUAUCGUGCAGAGAGCAGGCCCAAGAUAUUCAGAAAAUUGUUGAGAGACAAGCAGAAUCCUCUAGACAGCAUAAUGAGGCAAUGAGACAAUGUAUGGUUAAAUGGAGAUGGAUUUUCGAAGAAGGCACUAGGGUGAUAUGUGAAACUAGAGAGGAGAGUCGCAGAACAUUGUAUAUUCUGCCAAGUAGGAGGGGAAAUGUGGGUCCUUAUCAUCAACCCCAUCCAAGGGACUUUUUCCAGCCACAAGUUCCACCAGCCCAACCAGUACAGUGUGGUCUGCAAAAUCAACUAGCUCAACUAUUCAAUAGAGAUCAGCUAAUAGAUCUGGUACAGGAAACCUAUGGACCAGCCUUGAGGCCAUUGGUACAUUCAACCUACAGGAAGCCUUAUCCAAACGUCAUUGAUCAUGAAAAUCCUUUUCCAAGGGGUUUUAAAGUGCUUGAGUUCACUCUAUUUUCUGGUGAGGCUGCCUACCUCAAAAUUCAGUCUACUCUUGGAGGCAAAUGGAGGACUUGUUUCAUAUCCAAUUCUAUCAUUGUGAACUGGAAGUGUCUAUGGCAAACUUGUCUAGACUUGUCUAAGGCAGACUUGUCUAGGUUAGCCAAAAAGCCUGGAGAGUCGCCUGAGGCAUUCCUUGCUAGUGACCCUAAUUUUGAUCUUGAUGUGGUCGAGGUGGUUACAGACAAGCCUGUUGUUUGUCCAAACCUUGUCAGACCAACUCACCAACCUGAGAUGUCUGUGAGACGUUAUGUUAGUGAGGCUGAAAAACAGUAUACUUUUGAUGUGUCAAAACCUAGUGAUAUAUUCGACCACCUUAAAAAGAGUGAUCCUUUUACAGCUGUGUCUGUUGGCGUGAAUGUUGCAAACCUAAGGAGUGUUGCCAGAAAUUAUAGUCUGCCUUAUGCUCAAAGGAACCUUGCUGCUGACUACCUGAGGUUCAUUGUGAUUAGGAACUUCAACCCAGAAAGUACCAGGCCUCACUCAACUGGUACUAGAUCUCCAAGAAUGGUUAAACCACCACUCAGGUCACCGUCCAAACAAUGGGAGAAAGUCGGUCAGCUGAAGUUUCCAACCCAGAAUCCCAAAACCUUGAGGUGCAGACUACAGCACAAGAGGGUUGAAGAGCAGAAAAGGCAACAGAAGCAGGUGGAGGCUGAGGGAAGUUCAUUUCGCAAACCAUGCCAACCUAUCAAAAGGAACAUGGUGUGGGUGAGAAAAGAGAAAAAAGAGAUUGUAACCCAAACUUUAUUGGAGGGAGAUGACCAAUCUCCAGUUUCUCCAAAUGUGGCAUUUGUCAUUGUUAAGGUGGUGUCUGCAGAUGAUAAGUGUUUUUCAGCUAAUACCGAUCUGGUGGAGGCUAGGUAUUAUGAAGAAGCAAUUGGGACCAUUUGGUUUUUUGGGAUGGAUAGACAUAGGAAGCCAAUUGGGAUAACAACAUGCAGCAGACCGUCAUUGUCUAAGCAUGUCGUAGAGGAACAAGCUCGCCUGGGAACAGAAAAAGAAAAGGCUGUGUUGGAGAUAACAAAGAAAUUAGCGGCUUACUUUGCUGAAAAAGCAGUUCAAGUAGACAGAUCUGAAAUUGUUCAUGAAGGUGAGGAGCCAGACCAGGGUGAUAAAAUAACUUUGGAGGAGCUAGAUCUUGCCCCAGCCAAGUUGGAUGAUCUAAAAGCUGAAGUUCAAGACCCAUUGGAGGAGAUCAAUCUUGGGUCUGAAAACGUUCCAAACACAGCCUUUCGAUGCUCAGGUGCUGUUGGAACUUUUGAGUGGGUUGUAAUACCUUUUGGUUUGAAGAAUGCUAGAGCCACCUACCAAAGAGCCAUGAAUGUAAUUUUUCAUGAUAUGAUUGGUAAAUUCAUAAAAAUCUACAUUGAUAAUGUUGUGGUCAAGUCACACAGGGAAGAAGACCACCUGGUCCAUUUGAGGAAGGCUUUUGAGCGGAUGAGGCAACAUGGCUUGAAAAUGAACCCACUAAAGUGUGCCUUUAUAGUGUCUGUAGGUAAUUUCCUUGGGUACUUGGUGCAUGAGCGUGGUCUGGAGGUUGACAAGAACAAAGCCAGGGCUGUGAUUGAGGCAAGACCACCAUAGAAUAAGGAGUUGCAAAGGUUUCUUGGCCAAGUUAAUUUCUUAAGACGUUUCAUUUCUAACUUGGCUGGGAAAACCAGAGUCUUUUCUCCUCUAUUGAAACUCAAGUCUGAGUCGAAUUUUAAGUGGGAAGAACAACACCAGUCUACCUUUGAUACAAUAAAGCGGUACUUAUGCA